AUGGCGGGCGACGGCAGCAAUGGUCUGGACUUUCUACAGGGCCGGUGGGCCGUCGAGUUCACAGACGCUGGCGGCUCUAAGACGCUCACUGCUGAAGUGGAGGUAGCGGGCAACGUAGCCUCAUACAAGUCUCAAAGCCAGACAGCUUCCGACGGUCCUUACAAGUACCAGAUCACUUGCUCACCUGUGGGAGUCGUAGAGAUCAAAGACAGCAGCGGCCUCAUCUGGUGGUUGCAGAAGUACUCGCCGUGGGUCCGCAGCCCGUUCGAACAGAAGGGCUGCCGAAGCAGCCAGGCCAUAUGGUUGCUGGACCCGGAGAUGAAUGACCCGACGCCGAAUGGGUCUUUGUCAAAGAUCGUGUGGUGGUUGCGGACAUCGCCCAUCCCUGUGCUGAAACGACAGGAGGCAUUGACGAGGCUUUCUGGCCGAACAGUCCAACCCAAAGCUCGAGCAGUUCGAAAGUCGAAGAUGCGAAUGCAGAUGGAGAGACAAAAGAGGAAGGAGAGGAAGAAGAGGACUGAGAGGAAGGAGAGGAAGAGAAAAAAGACUGAGGUCGAGGACCUAUCGACGAGACGUCGUCCACGGUUGGAGGCGGCGGAUUGUGGCUGGGCGAGGCUCAGUCGACUUCUCCGGACGCGCAGGUGCUAG